CCAACUGCAUAUUGUCGAUAUCAGUCUCAAUUCGGAUCUCGUCGAAAGCAAAACGAUAGUUUAGUGUCAUAGUUUCCUCUAACAGCUCAACAAUGCGUUUGUUUGUGUUUCCUUGUCUCGCCUUGUGCUUGGCUUUGGUUAGCUGUGCCGAAGAAAAAGCAGCAAGUGAUAGCAAAGAUGAUAAGACCAUUGAAAAGCGUGGCCUACAUUUUGGCAGUCAUCAUGGCCAUCAUGAACACAUCAAGACCAUUACCAUUGAAAAGAAGGUUCCAGUGCCCUAUGAAGUGGUAAAACACAUUCCAUACACCGUGGAAAAGAAGGUACCCUAUGAGGUAAAGGUACCUGUGCCAGAACCCUAUAUUGUGGAAAAGAAGGUUCCGGUACAUGUCAAGGAAUACGUUAAGGUUCCGGUACACAAACCCGUACCCUAUACUGUGGAAAAGAAAGUACCUUACGAAGUCAAAUAUCCUGUCGACAAGCCUUAUGAAGUCAAGGUUCCCGUGCCACAACCCUACGAAGUUGUCAAGAAAAUCCCCUAUGAAGUGAAGGUGCCAGUACCCCAACCCUACGAAGUCAUCAAAAAGGUACCCUAUGAGGUUAAGGUUGAAGUACCCGUACCCAAACCCUACGAAGUCAUCAAGAAGGUACCCUAUGAAGUCAAGGUACCCGUAGAGAAACCCUAUCCCGUCGAAGUACCCAAACCCUACCCCGUUGAAGUUGAGAAACCCUACAAAGUUGUGGUGGAAAAGAAGGUGCCAUAUGAAGUCAAAGUGCCCGUAGACAAACCAUACAAAGUGGAGGUUGAAAAACCCUACCCCGUUCAUGUCAAGGUACCUGUGCCCCAACCCUAUGUUGUUGAAAAAAAGGUGCCCUACAAAGUUGAAAAGCCCGUACCAUAUGAAGUUAAGGUACCCAUUGAGAAACCAUUCCCCGUCUACAAGGAAGUCAAGGUUCCUGUGCACAAAGAAAUUCCCAUCCCCGAAAAAUAUCACGUAGAAGCUCCCAUCUUUGAGAAGCAUGAACAUCAUGGUCAGGAGGAAUACCAUGGCCACCAUGGUUACCACAAGAAAUAAAUUUGAUAUGUGGCGGUAAAUUCUGAGAAAAUAAAGAAGAACACGCAGCAAAAGUCAUCUGUAAUAGUAACAAAUUCAACCUUCAGCACAAAUAUUAAAUUUCCGAAAAGCAAAAAAACGAAAAUCGAAACCAAGCACAGAACGCGAUUACAAGUGAAAAGCAAUAUUACAACAAAACUCUUUGCAAACACCAACACCAAAAUAGAGAAAAAUGCAAAUAACAGAAACAAAGCACGCACCGUUGAGCUGGACGGAUCACUAAGGAGGAGGAGGAGGAGAAGAAGUAGAAGGAGGAACAAGCGAGACAUCCAUAUUGAGGAGAAAACUGUAAACUCUUUUUCGAACAAACGUGAUGGGGCUAUGCUGUGAAGGGGAGGUGGCCUUCAGCCCCUCCCCAAAGCAUAGUCCACCAGAAAUUAGAGUAAGCCAAAUAUAAUUAAAUUAUAUAGCCUUAUAAAAUACUCAUGUUGACAUUGUAGCUUAAGUUUUUAAAUAAUAUUUGUUUUGUUAUUUUUAAAUAAAUAAAUUAGGCA